UAACGUCAUAGGCAACGAACCGUAUAAAAAGUCCGAGAGAUGUAAUUACAAGCACAUUCAACUGAAGCUCUCCUGAGAGUACAUUUACAACUUCUUACAAUGGCUUUCAAGCUCGUAGUUCUGGUUUGCGCCCUCGCCGCUGCUCAGGCGGGAUACAUCGCCCCCGCAGCCUACAGCGCGCACCCCGUAGCAUACGCGGCCGCGCCCGUAGUGCAUGCGGCUCCCGUCGUGCACGCCGCCCCCGUAGCGUAUGCUGCACCCAUCGCUAAAGUAGUCGCCGUCGCUCCCGUCGCUAGAGUAGAGGAGUACGACGCGCACCCACAGUACAGCUUCGCGUACGACGUUCAGGACGGCCUCACCGGCGACUCUAAGAGCCAGCACGAGUCCCGCGACGGAGACGUCGUCCAUGGUUCCUACUCCGUCGUCGACCCCGACGGCACCAAGCGCACCGUUGACUACAGCGCCGACCCCCACAACGGCUUCAACGCUGUCGUCCGCAAAGAGCCCCUCGCUCACGUCGCUAAGGUCGCCGCUGUCGCUCCUGUAGUUCAUGCCGCUCCCGUGGUUCACGCUGCUCCGGUAGUCCACGCUGCUCCUGUAGUUCAUGCUGCUCCCCUGGCUUACUCCGCCCCCGUCUACCACCACUAAGAAGCCUUGCCAAUAGUCAUACUCUAUACGAAAAUAAUUAUUUAUUAAAAAUAUUACAUAUCAAA